CGACCAUUGCAAUUACAACGGCCACCUCCACGGCCAUCGCGAAUACAUAGCUAUGGUCGUGAUCGUGGGGAUACGCCAAAAUUGGAGCAAAAAAACUCAAAAAUAUUGGGACAACACGGAAUUGGACUGCAUGACGAUGAAUCGUAAUUAUUCAACAAUCGCUAAAUGGAUUGAAGAUAGAAAGAGAAAUUAUCCAACCGACGCUAAUAUUGCACGAAAGCAACAAGCAGAGGCUGAGAGGCUUGCACGAGGGCUUGUAAUAAAAGUUGAUAAAAGUGGAUCAAAACGUAAACUUAAGCAAGAGGAUGAUUACUCAAAAAGAAAAAUCAAUAGGCAUGAAAUAAACGAAUUCGGUGGCCCGUGUGGUGUCACGGAUUUGGUAAUUGCGGCUGAAGCUGCUGGAAUAACUCUUGAGAACAAUAAUAUACCUGACUUAAUUCCGGCUCAUAAGCUUACUUCUAGAAAUAAGAAAGAUACUUCUAAAAAUAUUAUCGAAAGUCUCAAAUAUAUUGUUGAUAACAAUUUUUUUGGAGUUGUUACAAAUGAUUCUUUAAAAAAUGCGAAAGGUCCUCUAAUCGAAGUAAUUGAUCAAGAUGUAUCAAAAAAAAAUAGGAUUUUGUAA